CGACUUGACCGCCGCGCGUGUUGUUUCUAUACGGAGUGUUUUCGUUUUUAGCGGCGGUGAGCCCGACAGUACACAAAAAAUAGUUGUCUUAAGGACACCACUGGAGACUGAACGUCUUAAUUGGGUGUAAACAAAGUUUUUAACUAAUUACUAAAGUCUGGCAGCUUAAGUAAGCACAAGAGACGUUGAUAAAUAAUUUAUUUAAAAAUAGAGAGCAAGUUAAAAUUUAAAAAUUUAAAAAAAAAAAAAAAGUGAAACGCGUGCCUGCAGCUACAAGUGUGACCGGUUGUUUUACUCAGUUGGAGUUGUCUUGUCAGUUGUUUUUAUUUUUGUUUUAUACUUUUAUUAUUAUUAUUAUUAUUAUUACGUCGUAAUCUCUUUGUUUCGAAUUUAAUUUAAAGCCGGGGGUGUUUUAGAGUUUGAGUGUUCGGAUCGUGCCAAGUACAGUUUGAUAUAAUAAUAAUAAUAAUAAUUAUUGUUUAUUACUGAUGACAGAGUUUAGUAUUUAGUGAUUGUUAUUGUUAGAAAUAUUAUAUUGUUGUGAAUUUUCGGUUUUUUGUAAAAAGUUUAAAGUUUGUGAGAACGUUGAGUGGCCGAUGUUGGCGCGACGACGAGCCCCGAGUAAAGGCGUUUCUUUGGAAACAGUCGCGUGGUGGCUCUGGUGAACGCUUAUUAUAAUACACACGGGGGUGAUCGACCUGGUUGAUUAGCUUACCAACUUCGGGGAUCAUUUUCGGUCUGCCGCAGAUCGAAGGGCAGAAUGCCGAGCCACGGGUACGACCGCUGAUUUAUUGAGAGAGCCCAAGGGCUUUAAUAAAUACUUGAAAGGAUGCUCUUUCAAUUUAAAAUUUGGGCCUUGGUGGGCCUGCUAUGUCAGCACGCACUUGCAUGGCCUCAAGACCCUGUGCCUCGACUUCAUAUAAAGCACCGCGAAGUAAUCGGGCAACGGUUCUUGGGCAACGAGAGUCACGUGGAGCACUUCAAACUUCUUGAACGAGCGCCGACUUUUAUCCUGAUUGGUGCAAGAAAUGCCAUUUACAAUAUCAGUCUUCACGAUCUCUCGGAAAUCUCUGAUCAGAGAGUUCAGUGGUCGAGUUCAGCGGCUCACAGGGAGAUGUGUAAUUUAAAAGGUGCAAGUGAAGACGAUUGUCAAAAUUACGUACGAGUAUUUGGCCGUCAAGGGCCGAAUAAAUUCAUCGCUUGCGGCACCAACGCUUAUAAGCCACAGUGCAAGCAAUUUGUGCGCACGAACGGCUCUUACGUGGGUUCAGGAGAGAGUGAUGGCCUCGGCCUCUGUCCCUACGAUCCUCAGCACAACAGCACAGCAGUUUUCGCCGGUGGACAAUUAUACGCGGCAACAGUGGCUGAUUUUUCCGGCGGUGAACCCUUGAUACACCGACAAAAAAUACGAACAGAACGUUCAGAUCUCAAUCAAUUAAACGGUCCGAACUUUGUUAGCUCGUUCGCGUACGGAGAUUAUGUCUUUUUCUUUUAUCGAGAGACAGCUGUAGAGUACAUGAACUGUGGAAAGGCGGUUUAUUCACGGGUAGCCAGAGUGUGCCAACAUGAUAAAGGUGGUCCACAUGCCUUUAGCGACAGAUGGACGACCUUCCUAAAAGCUAGACUCAACUGCUCAGUCCCAGGGGAAUAUCCCUUUUACUUCAAUGAAAUACAGUCAAUGAGUGACCCGACAGAGGGUUUUUACGCAGGUCGUCACGAUCAGUUGAUUUACGGGAUUUUUACGACACCAGUAAAUUCAAUUAGCGGAUCAGCAGUGUGCGCUUUUUCAAUGAGCAGUGUUCUCGACGUCUUCCAGGGUGCAUUUAAAGAACAAGAAACAAUAAACAGCAACUGGCUCCGCGUACUUCCAGAAAAAGUCCCAGAACCACGUCCCGGUGCUUGCGUAAAUGACUCAAGAACGCUUCCAGACAUAACUGUUAAUUUUGUCAAGACCCAUCCACUAAUGGACGACGCUGUGCAGUCGUUCUUCACCCUCCCUGUCCUCACCAAAGUCAGUUUCAAUUAUAGAUUCACGAGGGUUGCUGUUGAUCCCCAAGUUAAAGCUCUCGAUGGCAGAACUUAUGACAUACUUUACAUAGGAACUGACGAUGGACGAGUUAUCAAAGCUCUCAACACAAAAGCACCUGACUCAUUAGCAGAAGUGGGCCAAGUAAUAGUGAGUGACGUGCAAGUGCUCCGAUAUGGUCAGGCUGUCAAGGACCUCCAAGUGGUUCAUCUGGCCGGUGAAGCGAGCAAAUUAGUCGUUAUCGCAGACUCCGAGAUACGGGCAGUACCGCUUCAUCACUGCGACAGCCCGGCAGCAGCAAACUCCUGCGUCGCCUGCGUCGCACUUCAGGAUCCGCAUUGCGCUUGGGAUGCCACGAUGGAUUUGUGCGUCGCUGUGCCAACUAAGUUACACGACAACGACGCCAGCAAAACCCUAUUCCAGGAUAUUAUCAUUGGAAAGCACAAGGGAUGUGGAGCACAACAAGUGAAUGUUGACUUGGACUUGGCGAAGCCCGUGCCUCCAGUGAUGCCCCCACGAAUCGGGAUUGGCGAGCAGCCCGACGAACGUGACAAUGAAAUCGUCAUCGAAUUGGAUCGUGAAAAUCAGUACAGUCGAACUCAACCACGAGCUAAUGAACCUCAAGGAGUAACAGUUACGCCGGUUGUGUACUCAGCUCAAACAUUAACUGGUGCACUCAUUGGUACUUGCUUCUUUUCGCUGAUUGCCGGGUUUGCGUCGGGAUUUUGGUUUUCCCAACGGCUCCGUGGCGCGCCUUAUCCCGAUCCACCGGAGCAGCGUCAGCAACUUAACCGUCUGACAGAGAGCUCGGAAUCCCCAGCGGGUUUCAAUAACAAGUCGAUAAAUCUCGUGCUGAAUGUACCACCAAAAAACCCAAAUGGCAAAAAUGCCAAUAGUUCGGCUGAAAACAAGCCAAUGCAAAAGGUAAAGAAGACGUAUAUAUGAUACAGAAGACGACGAGCCGUUUGAGGCUUGCCCCCGCGCGACGGAACCGUGGCUUCAAGUUCUUCCGAGGCUGCCACCGAGUCGGAAAAUUCUUACAACAACGAUCACUAUGAUUGCUACGAUUCGACACUAAAUAAGCCGCCAAGUUCAAUAGCAACCCCAGUACCACGUAGAAAUUCAUUACCACCGGCUUCAACAGUCUCAUGCAGUAGCUCGGAAAUAGAUUUAAGACACAUAACAACUACUCAUCAUCAGUCCUUUGAUCCGCCGAGUUACGAUUUAAUAGUAAAUCCCGAAUUUCUGACCGAGCGUAAUGAGGAAACACUUGAACUUAGCGGUAGAAUUUACAAUGAUCAGCGCUCUGAUACUGCAACAAGAUCAACAAGAGCCUCAACACCAGUGCCACGGUCAAAAUUAACCGAAUCUUUGGAUCAUCUAGACACCACUAGUUCACACCGUCGCAGGCAUCACAAUUUACCACGUGGAAAAUCAGAUAAUAAAUUUGUUGAUGCUUCCCGCGAGCACUACAUGGUUCCGACGCACGAGCCCAAUCGGCCAACAAGCGACAACCGAACCCUGUCGCUAUUUAAUCCUGAAUUUUUACCAAAUUUUAAUGAUAUGCUUAUGUACGUUGGACGACCAGAACUUUCAGAUCUCAAUUCAGUGUCCUUUCCCUGGAACUCUAGCGAGAUUCCUUACGGUGAUAAUAAUCCCUCGGUAAUUAUCACCGGCAAUCAUCCCCAUGUUGAACCUUCAAGAGGAUUUGGGAGUUGUAAUGCGGCUUCAUUAAGAGAAUCCAGUUAUGCCAGUUUGAACACUAUCCAGGAUCGUUUUAACCACGUGACUGGUAUUUUGGAUAAGGAAAAAAAUUUAUAUGCCAGCGGUGGUGUCGCGAAACGACAAGAUUCACCAGCGACAGCUCCCAAAAGAGGGUGCAACACAAUCGAGUACAAUUGUUGAGUUACUAGUGUGUGUGGUAAGUUAAGCUUUAUUGUCCCCUGCGUAUUGAGUGGAUCGUGCGUCGUCGAUACAGCCAUUCUAAGAGUAAGAGAAAAAAAAAACAAAAAAAAAAAAAAAAAAAAAAAAAAGAAAGAAAAAACACAUAUAAGUAAAGUAAAUAAAAAAUAUAUUAAAUGAAUCAAGUACGAGUGGUUGGACAUCGAGCAAAUAAACGAUUUUAUUGUUAAAUGUGAUACGAAUGAACUGUGUUCUAGUAGUGGCCUGUUAGGUAUUUAGAUGAAGCUAAAUAAAUUUUUUUAAAGAUUAAAUUUAAAAUAAAUAAAAUACGGUAUUCGUUAUGCGUAUAAACAAUAAUAAGCAUACUCAGCUGAUGAGGCGUGCCUUCCAUGUAUUUUUGUUGGCGUUUUGCUGAAUAGAGGAAGAAUAAGUAAGGAAAAUAAUCGGAUGAUACGGUUUAAAAGAAAAGUAUAAAUACGUUGUUAGUUAAAGUCAGUAAGACUUACACUUAGACUAAGAAAGAUAAAUAUGUGAAGAUGCUUUUAAGGAUAGCUUCGAAGAUAUAGAUAGAGUUGAUUUGUACGUAUAUAAGUGUAAGCAAAUGGCGCAAGUUCAAUAUCGUGGGUAAUGAGAUAGCUGAUCGAAAGUAAAGCUCCGAGUUUGCUGAAUUAAAUGUGGAUAUUAGUAAUAUAGUCGGUUGUCAGAUCUCGAACGUGUGUGUAUAUGUAUAAGUUACAAUCAUGGAUUAAUGGUAAUUGGUUUGGCUUGGAUCGAUCGACCUAUACAGCCUACAAGACUAUGAUGAUGAUGAUGAUGAUGAUGAUGAUGAUGACGACGACGACGGCGACGGCGAUCUACCCAAUGGCUCACUUCUAUUGGCGUAGGCUGGGGACUAGCCAACCGAAGUAGAGCUAAAUUGACUUUAACAUAUUAUGUAAAUAUAUUAUUAUACAUAUAUAAAUAUAUUUAAAGAAUUAUAAGUAUAAUUAAUUUAAUAUCUCGUCUUCGGUAAUUUUAUCUCGUCGGACAUUUGACCAUUAUUUAAACAUAUGUGUACAUAAAUAUUAUUAUUUUAUCCGGCGAGAUAGUCGAUAGGUGAGUGGGUAUAGGCAUGCGUAACCACUUUUUUGUACAUCGCUUAUUGAUAAAACCGCAUUUUACCUUUACCUUAUUCUUAUUCUUAUCCUUAUCCUUAUCCUUAUCCUUAUCCUUAUCCUUUUCCUUUUCCUUCUAAAGCCUCCUUCCUUUAUUCCUUUUAAUCCAGUAAUCCUGUGCUGCUGCGACUGUAUGGAAAUUUAUUAAAUAGUAUUCACAAAAGAUACGACCAGAAUAUGGCAGCUAUUUUACAUUUAUAUACAUAUAUAAAAGGGAGUAGUAAAAGAAUUAAAAGGCAAAAGUUGAAAAGGAGAAAUAAUGAUGAAAAAAAAAAUAAAAAAGAAAUACAUUACACGUAAAAUAAAUUUAUUGCAAUAUCGCCAUGCUCUGGAUACCUGAAAGGGACAUAAAUUAUAAAUUUAAAUCCAUUCCCGUGGGGAUAUGGUGUCGCACCCACCCUCAUCCCCUUUGGGUAUCUCAUGUUGAUUUAUCGAUUGUAAGUAGUCUAAUAAUGAAUGAAUGAUAUUAAUUAGAUUUGUAGAAUUUACCUAAAUUUAAAUAACUAACUAACACUUAAAUAAAAUCUAUUUCGGGGCAUAUUAUGUAACUAUAUAUAAAUAUAUAAAUAUAAAUGAAUAAAUAAAUAUAUAUUUGACUGUACAUGUAUAAAAAAUAAAUAAUCAUUUUAAUAGACAAAAUUUGAGUACCCCGGAAUUACGUGUACAGAAUAAAAAUAUUUGAAAUAUGAUAAUUUAUUGAAAAUAAUAACGGAGCAUUAAAGUUGUAAUUAAUACUAAUAGCUCUCGAUUAGCAUGAUCGAGUAAUUUAUUAUUGAUGAUGUAUAAGGUAAUAAAAUAUUUUGUUAUUUUUAAAAUUAAUUUAAAUAAUAAAAUUAUAUUAUCGCCUCGACGGUCAUUUGGAGUUUAUAAUCUGCUUGCAAUUAUUUAUGAUUGCGUAGCAGGCAAAAAAUUUAAUUAUAAAAUACUAAAAUUUUUCGACUAUACAAUUGUAUAAAUAAUAAUAAUAACAAUAUAAAAUUAUAAAUAAAUAUUUUAUUUACACAAUUUAGAUUAGCUGGAUAUGCCGUAUUUCAUGAUCCGUCGAUCGAUAAUCUAUUGUUUCAAUUUUUAUUUUAUUAAAUAAAACUAACAAUAAUAACAAUAAAAAUAUAUAUAUAAUCGCUACAUUCCAUUGAAAGCCAGGACUGCCAAUAGGUCGUUGCGGCAGCAACGUUCUUGCGCGAAAUUAUAUUUAAAAAAUGUUUAUUAUUAAAUUUAAAUUCAUAAUAAAAUACUAGCGAUUAUUACGCUCAAGAACCAGCUGACGUAGUGCGAUCGCAAAAAAUAAAUUUUUAAUGAAAAAAAAUACUCGGAAAAAAAAAAAAAAAUAAAUAAAUAAAAUAUUUUAGUGGCCUUUUUGUAGACGAUUUGUCUGUGCUUAUACAGAUCUCGCGCGGAGUUGACGAUUCGGAAUACGGAUAAUUAGAGAUAUAGAAGUUUAAAAUAAAAUAAAAGUUAACAAAGUGAAAGGAAAUAUGGACAGCAUUAUUCUAUUGACAUUUAUUAUUAUUAAUUGUAUCGAUGUGGACAAUAUCUGAUCAGCUUGGGUAAAAAAUAUCACAAUAACAAUAAUAAUAGUAAUGAUAUAAAUAUAUAUAGGAUAUGUGUACAACUGUCAAUUUAUUCAUCGAAAUAUCCAUUUUAUAAAGUCGAAUUUAUUGCAAUACAUAUAAUACUUUAGUUCAAUGCCGCAUUGCAUAUUCUGUACAACUACAACAUACAAAAUACAAUAAAAAAAAACAAAAAAUUUAAAUAUAAAAUGACGAUAGAUAGAUGAGAUAAGGAUAUAAGGCUCGAUGGCAGUCCAGGCACACGAUAUACGCUGUGCCAACAAAAAUAUAUUUUAUGUAAAUAGAUAUGCCAGUGAAACAAUAGAGACGCUCGUUCAAACAAAAAGUAUAAUUCAAACAUCAAACAAUAUGAGCAUUUAAAAAAUAAAUAUUUAAAUUUAACGAAUCAAUAGAGAAAAAUUGCUAAAUUAUUUACUGAAUGAUGCAAACUGAAUCAAUAUAAAAAAUAAUAAUAAACGAUUCCAUUUAAAUUUUAUCGCUAAAUUUAUUGGAAUAAUUAUCGCUUGAAGAAAUUACUGACUUUGUAAUGUGUACUAUUUUUUUUUUUUUUUUUUUUUUUUUUUUUUUUACUACAAAACGAUUCUUGAAAACGGCAACAACUAAAAAAUUGUAGAUAUAAUCGGUAGUUAAUGCAUCGAGCAUCACGUGCACAUAAUUUAUCAUCAAGACAUCUUUGCCCUGUUUUUUAAGGUAUUCUUUAUGCCAAGCAAUCAUGACAAAGCUAAUAAUAAUAAUAUUUAUAAUAAUAAAAUGCUAUUCGUACGAUUUUUUUAUAUGUAAUAAUAAAUAAUAACAAAUAAUUAUAACAAUUAACUUGAUUAUAUUUAAAUUAACUAGAAGGGGAGGGGGGGGGAGAUGCGUCCAAAACGCAAUGUACAUAUUUUAUUAUAAUUAUUAGUUAAUAUAUAUAAACAUAUAAAAGAUUUUAAUUUGCGACAUAUAUGAAAAAAAAAAAAAAUUCUUUAUAUUACUUUGCCUAAAAAUAUGUGACGCGUUACGCAGUAAGACCUUUUGUUGAGUAGACAAAUGUUCCAUGUCAUUAAUUAAUAUGUUUGUUUUCUUUUUUUUUAAUUAAAUAUAUUUAAGAUAGUUUACUAUAUUUUUUAAAGACUUUUACGCGCUUUAUGGAAUCUCAUUUACGUAGCCUCGUGAUCAUUAAAACUAUAAUAAAUAUUAAUAAUCAUGACAUUUAAGUAUCUACAUUAAACAUCCAUAUGUU